GAAGAGGAACCUGAAGCUUUAUGCACCUCAGCAGCCGGAGGAGCCUCGACGACCUGCAGAGAUCCACCACAGUCGGAGGCAGAUCAAGUACAGCAAAGACAAGAUGUGGUACCUGGUGAAAAUGAUUCAAGGCAUGAGCAUCGAUGAGGCCAUCUCCCAGCUGGAGUUCAACGACAAGAAAGGAGCCAGGAUCAUGAAAGAGAUCCUUCUGGAGGCGCAGGAGAUGGCUGUCAAUCAUCACAACGUAGAGUACAGAUCCAACCUGUAUGUAGCUGAGUCCUUCUCCAGCAAAGGCAGGUACCUGAAGCGGAUCCGGUACCACGGCAAAGGCAUGUUCGGCAUCAUGGACAAAGUUUACUGCCACUACUUCGUCAAGCUGGUGGAGGGGUCGCCGCCAAAGACCGAGGAGAAGACGAGCUUUGACCAGGCUAAAGAGUACGUCCAGAGCCUGAAGAACAGAACCAUCAUCCACAGUCUGUAGAUCAUGUGACCGGUCACGUGGACCCUGACUGUUUAUCUGUGUGUGUGUGUGAGAAAGAGACG